GGCAAUCGAGAUGCUCAGUUCUCGCCCGACUGCUAUCAGCGACAGUUCUGAGACGACAUUCAAUGGGCAUCGUGAGCCGAACGCUGAGCCUCGCGGUGCUAGGUCUUUGUCUGCGCCUCGCUCUGACGCAGCGUCUGCCACCCAAUGGUUGCGGCAGCAUUUUCCAGUAUCGGCGCCAGGGCGAUCAAUGGAUUGGCCACGUUACCCCGCCUCAAGACGGCCUCAAGAGCGUCAGCUGGACGCUGCGCUUUGUGUCGCACGGCGUUAACACGCCAGGCACGAUAAGUUCCCUGGCACCGUAUCCGAGCAAGGAAGUCGCUCUACAGAAUAUGCACGACGGUGGCCGGGCCGAGUGCUUUGUCCGCUUUACUGGCUACGGCGACGAGCUGCCCAAGAUAGUGCGCAUCGAAUUGAACGGCCAAGUGCUAUGCACAGCCAGCUCAUACGAAGGCUCUGCGACUACGUCAACGCGGGAGCUGAACAUGGCAGUCUCAUCGACGACCACAUAUCAAAUGCACGAGACGCCUUCGCAGCCACCAAGAGCACUGCCACAGCAUAAGCCGAUAGAUCCAGAUUCAUUGUUCAAUCAGCUGGUGACUUAUGCAUCGGCUCAAGUGCCGACAUCUACGAAGCUGACUACGUUCACGACGACCAGAACCAGACCCACUGUAACGGCUAGUCCGACUACGUCCUUUGUAGCGAAUGAUAAUCCAUUUUUGAAUUCGUUGAUGAGCAGAAAGCCUCUUGUUACCGUGGACACGCGGCAUGAGCCGGCGGCGUAUGAGUGCGGCGUGGAGGGUCUCGUCGGCCUACAGAUUGGCGGCGAAACACUGCCCAGGGGCCGUUUCCCCUGGCUGGCCGCGCUCUAUCACGACAGCAACGUGGAUCCCAACAAGAUUGAGCUGUCCUACAAGUGCGUAACGACGCUGAUCUCGGCUCGCACCGUGAUAACUGCGGCGCAUUGCAUCUACGGCUUUACGCCGGCUCAGCUAAGAGUUUAUGUGGGACGUCACGACAUCAGCUUGCAUCCCGAAAAGUAUGCCUCCCUGAUGGCCGUGCAGUCCGUGCACACGCCCCCGGACUUUGUGGGCAAUCUGGUGCCCGAUCUGGAUGUGGGCCUUCUGGUGCUUACCGAGCGGGUGCAAUACUCCACCUACGUGCGGCCGAUUUGCUUGUGGCCCAGCAGCACCUCGCUCGGCAUCGAUGACAGCGAACAGACUGCUGUCGCCGGCUGGGGAAUCGAUGCGAACUUCAAGCCAACGCGCUUCCCCUCAACAGUCAACGUGCGGCCAGUGUCCCAGGAGCAAUGCCUACGUGAGAUGGUUACCGCCAAGGACUUCCUAACGCCCCGCACUCUCUGCGCGGGCAACAGCCAGGGGCAUGGCCCCUGUCUGGGCGACUCCGGUGGUGGCUUGAUGGUGCUCCGCAACAACCGGUGGUUCGUGCGCGGCAUUGUCUCGCUGGCCCAGCGCUCUGGCAAUGGCUGCGAUUUGUCGCGAUACGUCAUCUACUGUGACGUUGCCCGACAUCUCGGCUGGGUUGAGCGGAAUAUUGUGAGAUGAGUGCCAACAAAUAAGCCAACAAAAUAAACAAAGAGCUGCCUGCUUAA